AUGCCAUUUAUCGACCAGUUGGCUGCAUGGCAGGCCGUGCAGGCCGGGCAGGGGAGCCAGGCCACGCAGGGGAGCCAGGCCACGCAGGGGAGCCAGGCCGCGCAGGGGAGCCAGGCCGCGCAGGGGAGCCAGGCCGCGCAGGGGAGCCAGGCCGCGCAGGGGAGCCAGGCCGCGCAGGGGAGCCAGGCCGCGCAGGGGAGCCAGGCCGCGCAGGGGAGCCAGGCCGCGCAGGGGAGCCAGGCCACAGAGGGGAGCCAGGCUACGCAGGGAAGCCAUGGCAUGCAGGGAAGCCGGGCCGUAGAGGGGAGCCAGGCCGCGCAGGGAAGCCAUGGCAUGCAGGGGAACCAGGCCAUGCAGGCAUGGUUAUGGGGCCCCAACCCCAGUACCGGCCGCAAAUGGUCAUCCGAGCGGUUCCGGGAGGCAUUGAAAUGGGAAACCUACACCCAGCUAGGCACCGCCAUCCAUAUUGCUGCAUACCGGGACAUCACUAUUGGCAUCAGCUGCUGA